AUGUAUGUUUAUAUUACAGAUGUGUCGGUGUCAGUUCGUGUGCAGAGACCUCUCAUGUGCCGCCUGAUGCAUCCGUUAUUCUGCAGAUGCUUCCACCGAGGGGGUGGAGAACUGCUCGAUCUCGUUAGACAAGCACGACUCUAUCAGGCUGCUGAAAUGGCUCUGAUUGAGAGUGGCAGAUACGACACUCGUCCGGACUUCACGGUGGUGGUGCAGCCGUUCAUGCGCCUCUUCAACGCCCCGCUCCCACCUACAGAGCCCUUGCCGCUCGUCAUACACCAGUCGUACAUCACGCACGACUGUUUCCAUUUUUCACAGAAGGGACAUGCUCUUGCUGCGAACCUCCUCUGGAACAACCUGCUAGAACCAGUGGGGAAUAAAUCAGACAACGUUCCGCCUGUACUGAUGAACUCAUUCCGCUGUCCAUCGAAACAGGCCCCGUAUAUUUUCACUAACAAGAACUCGCAAAUCUUUUACAAAACUGGACGACAGGAAACGUGA